CUGAAGUUUAAUGUUAAACACCUUCGAUACAGCCGUCUGUGAACCCGAGGAAUAGAAACAGGGAAAGAGUGUCAGCAUAUGGAACAUGUGGAAGUUUCUUCUAUCAGCGUUCGACUGGAUCUACCAUCUCUUAUGGCAAAAGGUGUUUUGUCUUUGUCUCUGAUUGUCUCUGCUUUGUGAUUGGUUCCUGUUUACUAUUACUCUGUCUGUUCACUUCCCUGGUGUUAGUCGUUGUUGGUAUGUGGUGUUUUCCUGUCCAUGUUCUUGUUUCCUGUUCUGCCCCAUGUUCUGCCUUGUGUUGCCUGCCUGUUCAUCUGUGUUUUGUUCAUUAAAACUGAAAACUGCAUUUGGAUCCUCACUCGCUUUUGUCUCGCCGUGUCACAUCGUGACAACGUCACUCUGGAUAACUGCGUCUGCCAAAUGCUGUAACUUAAAUGUUUCAGGGAAAGCAAGGUUAACAUGAACCAGACCUGUUCAUAUGAAGUUGUGAAGAACUCAGCCCAGGCUGUUGUCACGCCACUGAAAAGUUGCCUCAGCUCUCUCGACAGGGUUUAUGAAGCUCUUGAGGCUGCAGACAUCAAUCCCAUUACUGGGCACUGCUCCAACCAUGAGUACAUCAGGCAGCAGAUAAUGCUGGCCUGGCAAAGUUUGCAGCUUUCUGAUCAGGCAGCCACGGCAUGUCUGAGGCAUCUGGAUAAGAGGUUGGAGACUCUUACACGGGACAAGGGACUACUUGAAUGGCAGAAGGAUGCUACAAAGUGCACUUUGGACAACUUGAGAACAGAGCAGGCAUCGAAUGAAAAAUUGCUCCACGAAUGUCUGGGAGCUUUGGAGCAGGCCGAGGAACACCUGAGUUCAACAAAAGAGACGGUACAGAGGCAAGAAAGAAGGGCACAAACUGCUUCAACGGUUGCAGGUGUAGGGCUAGGACUGACCGUUAUACCAUUUGUUGGAUGGGUUGUUGGUCCCGCGUUGGUCAUUGGCAGUAUAAUAGAAUGGAAGGAAGCAUCAGAGGCCAUAAAAAUAGCUGAAGAAGAGUUGCAAAAGUUUAAGAACCAAGUGAACACUUACAGAAGCAAAGUGCAUGACCACAAGUACCAGAUUGUCCAGACAGAUCUUAACAUUGAUGAGAUGGAUCAGAAGCUGACCGAGAUCUGUAACAAUAUCUACAUGUUGAAAAAGCAGAGAUGGAGUUUGGCUGAGUUGCAACUGAAGAUGAGGCGUGCCAUUCACGUCCUGAGUGUCUUUAGUGGCCAGGUCAACGUGUUGGAGCUACACACUCGCAGAUUUAUCCUUCGCGAGUCUGUGCUGCAGGUGAUAGACGAGGUAAUGAAGUCGGCAGGAGAAAUCACAGGGAAUGAGCUGCUCUGUAACACGGAAGUCUCGAGACUCGUCAGGAAGAUGAAGCAGACCGACCAACACCUGAAAGCUAUCUGCGCUUCACGAAAUAAUGCUACAGACGAUAGCGCCAUGCUGAACUACAUAUAACCUCGUUUUACCUUAUCUACAUGUCAAAAUAUCACUAAUAACCAUUUAAUACUAUUCAGUUCUUCCAGGAUUCUUGAGGGUUUUUUGUGAUUGUUGCAACCAAACAUGGUAUUUUUCAAAAUGUAUACUUUUUAUUUUCUUUUGCCAAAAUCACAAGCACAGGAUUCUUCUUUUAAAUUCUGUCCACAUAUGUAACGAUUUUCUAAGAGAGCUGUACUUAUCUUUGAGUUGCUUGAAAUAAGGGAGAACCUAAAAUUGAUAAAAACACCACGAAUACAUAAAAACAUGGUGAUGUACAUUUAUUUAUAAUGCAGUAUGAAGGUGGCUGUUUUGUGUUUGCUAAAGUUUUUUGGCUAUCCUUAGGAGAAUAGUGCAUGAAAAUAUUAUAUAAUACAAUGAUUUCUGUAAUCAAUAAAAAUGUCAUGGAGUUUAAA